UCGUCUUGCUCCAGCUCCCACCAACGAGCUUCUUCCUAAGGCGAGUUCCAUCUUUCUUCUCUUCUCAGAGUUCAUCGUCCUUCACGAUGCCGCCAUUACCGUAUCUGCAUCUCAGAAGGUUUUUCAUUCGGUCUCUUUCAUCAUCUUCGUAUUUAUCUGCCUCGUCGUCCUCAAGUUCUUUGAAUGAAGCUUCGAAGAGCGUUGUUUUACGUCGAGAUUUGACCUCUGUUUUCCACCAUUUCCGUCGUCAAGGACCGGCAUUGGGGUGUUCUUAUCUAUCCCAACUCUCGCUUUCUCAUUCGUUCUUUUCCGAGUCCGGUGAGAAUGAUGUGGAUCAAUCAUCGCAGUCGCUUGCGGCCGAGCUUCUUAAAGACCCCGAUUUGGAUCCUCUUCCCAUUACGAAGCGCCUUCAGCUUAUCUUUUCGCAUGUUAAACCGAAUCCGGAGUUAGUUCUCAAUACGCUCAAUCUCUCCUCGGAAGCUGGUCGAACUGUGUUAGGGUUUAACGAGUGGUUAAUAUCGAAUCCUGAUUUUCAUCACACGGAUGAGACUAUAUCGUAUUUCGUUGAUUAUUUUGGUCGUAGAAAGGAUUUCAAUUCGAUUCACGAAGUUCUUGCGAAGGGUUCAGGGAUCAGUGGGGCUAAAACCCUGCGGUCGACUAUUGAUCGGUUCGCUCGUGCUGGACGACCCACAAAGUUGUUAUCAUUUUUCGAGACAAUGGAGAAGAAUUAUGGAUUUAAGAGGGAUAAAGAGUCGAUUAGGAUGGUGGUGGAGAAGCUUUGUGAAAACGGCUACGCGAGCCAUGCUGAGAAGAUGGUCAAAGACUUAGCGCACGAAUUUUUCCCAGACGAAGCAAUUUGCGAUGCUCUGAUCAAAGGAUGGUGCGUCGAUGAGAAAUUCGAUGAAGCGAAAAGGCUGGCAGGUGAGAUGUAUAGGGGAGGGUUUGAGUUAGGGACAACGGCCUACAAUGCUCUGCUUGAUUGUGUUUGCAAGCUUUGUAGGAAAAAAGAUCCAUUUAAGCUUCAAUCUGAGGCUGAGGAAAUUCUGGUGGAAAUGGAUUGUCGUGGGGUUCCAAGAAACGUGGAAACUUUCAAUGUACUGAUUAAUAAUCUGUGCAAGAUUAGGAAAACUACGGAUGCACUAAAUUUGUUUCAUCGAAUGGGGGAGUGGGGAUGUCAUCCUAACGCUGAAACGUUCCUUAUUUUGAUCAAAAGUUUGUAUCAAGCGGCCAGGACGGGAGAAGGGGAUGAAAUGAUUGACAGGAUGAGGUCUGCGGGAUAUGCUGAUGCACUUGAUAAGAAGGCUUAUUAUGAGUUUCUGAAGAUUUUGUGUGGGAUCGAGAGGAUUGAUCAUGCCCUGAUUGUUUUUGCGAAGAUGAAGAAGGAUGGGUGUGAGCCUGGCAUUAAGACAUAUGAUCUACUGAUGGGGAAACUCUGUGCCCAUAAUCGUCUGGACCGAGCAAAUUCACUCUUUAAUGAAGCUCAGAAACGGGGAGUUCCAGUCACUCCAAAAGCUUAUCAGGUUGAGCCAAGGUAUGCAAAGAAGCCAAAGGUAAAGAAGGUUGAGAAGAAGAGGGAGACGUUGCCAGAGAAAAUGGCAAGGAAGAGGAGACGACUGAAGCAAAUUCGAUUGAGUUUUGUCAAGAAGCCAAAAAGAACAAUGCGUAGAGCAUUUUGAUUAUGAUAAUAAUGUUUGUUCUGAAACUUGAUAAAUUCUUUUUCAUAAUGUCCUCUGUUUUCUUUUGCCUCCGCCCCUCCAACCCUUCAUUAUAUGAUCUGCAGAGAAAUAAGAGGUUUUUUCUUUGUCUUAGCCCUGAGCUGAAACAAUGCGGGGGCAAUGGCAGCUCUGACAUGCCAUGCCAUUAUGUUGGACAUUGGUGGAUCGAAGUUCCAGGUUUGUUUAGGAAAUUUUAACUUAAGAAGACUGUAUUGUUUUUAA